CUACGUCGUUUUAACAUUCACAGUUUUGAUCCGUUUACAUAAAACCUUGGCUUAGCUAUGGUGGUUGCUUGUCGGUGUUGUCUCGCUCCUUCUUCCUCUGCAUCUACGUCUAAACAGAGCUCCUCACUCCACUCAUGCUUCAGCCACACUCGCCGGAGCUCCAAUUUCACCGGAAACCGCCCAAUUUCGCCAUGAACUCCGGCCAGUCUCAAAUUUCUUCAAACCCUAGGUUAUGGCUUUUAGGCCUUUUCCUCUUGAUUCAAUUUCUCUUCAUUUAUAUCACACGCAAUUCUCCGAUCUGUUUCCCUGAACGCGCCACCGCCGCCGCCGGAGCCGCCGUUACAGAAAACGCUAAUAUACCUAAUACGACGUCGCAUCAGGAUUGCCCCGCCGGAAAAGUGUACGUCUACAAUCUCCCGCCGGAGUUCAACAAAGAUCUCGUUCUCCACAACUGCUCCGAUUUGAAUCCGUGGAACUGGCAAUGCGGAAUCGCCACCAACCACGGCUUCGGCCGCCCCGCCGCCGAGCUCCGCCGCGUCCUGCCAUGGAGCCUCGCCGGAUCCUGGUACCGUACAAAUCAAUUCAGCCUGGAGGUGAUUUUCCACCACCGGAUCCUCAACUACAAAUGCCGCACCCGGGACCCGGACUCCGCGGCGGCGUUCUACAUCCCGUUCUACGCCGGACUCGCCGUCGGAAAACACUUAUGGAACAACGACACCGCCCUCCGCGACCGCCGCGCAGCGGCGGCGCUCCGAUGGCUAGCCCAACAUAAACAGUGGCGCAAAUCCAACGGCUCAGAUCACUUCACCGCAAUCGGACGGAUCACAUGGGACUUCCGGCGACUCACCGAUCCCGACCAAAUUUGGGGCUCAACGUUCCUGAACAUGCCGGAGAUGCAGAGAGUGACGCGGUUCAUCAUCGAGAAGUCGCCGGCCGACGACCACGACGUCGGAGUUCCGUACCCGACGGGAUUCCACCCAAAGGACAGCAAAGCCCUAAUCGAGUGGCAGAGGUACGCGCGUGGCCACAAUCGCUCGAAGCUUUUCACCUUCAUCGGGGCGACACGUGGCUGGGUGAGCAACGACUUCCGAGGAAUCCUCCUCCGGCACUGUCUGAACGAAUCAUCGUGUCGGAUGGUGGACUGCUCGGCGGCGGAGUGCUCGACGGACACGGCGGUGGUCGUGACGGCGUUUCUGGAGUCGGAGUUCUGCCUGCAGCCGAUCGGGGACAGCUUCACCCGGCGGUCGGUUUUCGACUGUAUGCUGGCCGGUUCGGUGCCGGUUUUUUUCUGGACCCGGACGGCUUACGAGCAGUACGAGGGGUUUUUGCCGGGCGAGGGGGAGGCGGAGAGCUACUCGGUUUUUAUAGAGCACGAGGAGGUGCGAGCCGGGAACUGUACGGUCAAGGAGGUGCUGAUGAGGUACGGUAAGGAGGAGAUCGCGAGGAAGAGGGAGAAGAUUGUGGAGUCGAUUAUUCCGAGGAUUAUUUAUGGCUUCGGAGGGAUUAAGGAUGCCUUCGAGAUUGCUGUGGAUGGGGUUUUGGAGAGGAUUAAGGAAGAAAGGGGAUGGAAUGAUUUCUUGUGAGAAGAGGAAUGAAGGAUUUGAGGAUUUAAUUAAUUAAUUAAUUGGGGGUUUGGGUAAUGGGAAAGAUUAUUAUUAUUGUUAUUAUUAUUAUUAUUAUAGAGUUUUUAAAAGAUACGGCGUGCGGUGGGUGGGGUUGGGGUGUAGCCUUUUUCGAUUAAUGCAAUUUUAGAUGCAUUAUUUUUGUAUUUCCCUAUAAUAUAAUAUAAGAUGAGGUUUGGUGUUAUAUUAGGUUUGUUAUUGUGUAUAGUAGUAUGCGAACAAGAACGAUUUGUGUAAGUUUAAGUUUUUUAAAGUAUGUUUCAUUUUAUGGG